AUGUCUCGCCAGUCAAAAUGGGGCAAUUACUACAAUGGAGAGAAGGAUACGAAGCACAAAUUUGUGCUGAAGAUGAUUGAUACUGCCAAUCAGAUGAUACCCAGUUUUGAUGAAAUGUUCGACCAGGUAAAGGUUGCUUGGUAGUAAGGCUAAAAAUGGUAUUUUUGUUUAAAUCUUGUUUGAAAAUGCCAAUUUUUGCUGUUUUUUAAAGUUUGUUGGGUUUGAUACCUACUACAAUAUCAAAAGUCAUCAUUUUUAUUGAAAAUAAACCAAAAACCCAAAUUUUUCUACAAAAAAAUCGAAUUCCCAAGCAAAUUUUGAUUCAAAAACAUCAUUUUUUCAGGAAACCUUUUACAUAUUCGCCUUUUGUUUCGUCAUUGGAUCCUUCACCUUAUCCUUUAUAUUAUGCAAAUUUUUCAAAAUUCAAAUUCGAGAAUACGAUUUGUUCCCUGAAGACAAGAUAAACCAAAGACAAGAUGACAAAGUUGAAUGGAAACCCGUCAACAUCUUCAAAACACCCAUGCAACACUGGAGGGACAUCAAAAAGCUGACCAAGAAGAACACAUUGGCCAAUACUAAUACCGAUACUGCUCAAACACGAAAAACUCAGUAA